CUGUUUGAUAGCCCCCCUUUUGAUUAAGUUUUACGCUCAUUCGUACGUUUGGUUUCGCUGAAAGUUGUUGUGACUGUGUGUUUUCCAUACUUGUCUCAACACUGAUCGUCUUAAAGGGAGCUUGGCGCUUCUUGGCUAUCAGACGUUUAGCAGUGCUCGAGUGUAUUGGUCACGUAGUGCUCCGGUUGUUGUAUUCAUUGAAAGAUUGUAAAUUUAUUUUGUGUUUGCAUAUGAAUUCCCAGUGAACGCGAUUAUAUUUCAAAAUUAAUGGUUUUUAAGUGAAGCGGGAUUUCCUCGAAUAAAAGUGUAUAAUUUUAAGCAAAUUAUGCAGUUAUUAGAACAACAAGUGUUUAGCUUUAAGUUAUUAUUGCUGCUUGGUGUUUUGUCCUGUUGCAAUUGGGCGUCAACGACUGCAGUGACGGCGGAUGCGAGCAACGAUGCAGCAGCAGAGGAAGGCGCAAAACACAUAAAAGUCUUCACCGUAGCGACGGAACGCACCGAUGGAUAUUUGCGUUAUCUGCGUUCAGCGAAGCGUGUCUAUGAUGUUGAGGUGAACACGCUUGGCAUGGAUGAGGAGUGGAAGGGAGGCGAUAUGAAUGGUCUGGGCGGCGGUUAUAAAAUACGUUUGCUGCGCGAAGCUGUCGAGCCAUUUAAGGAUGAGAAAAACACUAUUAUUUUGUUUACGGACAGUUACGAUGUCGUCUUCACCACCGGCCUCAAGGAUAUCUACCGGAAAUUCAAAGAGUUCGGCGCUAGAGUGCUCUUCUCGGCUGAGAAAUUCUGCUGGCCCGAUAAAAAGCUGGCCAAACAAUAUCCUCCAGUGUCGGAGGCUAACGCCUCGCCGUACCUAAACUCAGGCGCUUUUAUCGGUUACGCGCCAGAGAUCUAUAGCAUUUUGAGCGCUGAAGAAAUUAAAGAUGACGACGAUGAUCAACGUUAUUACACGAAAAUAUUCCUUGACGUGGAUAAACGUAAAACAUUGAAGAUACAGUUGGAUACGCAAUCGCGUAUAUUUCAAAAUUUGAAUGGUGCACGUGAAGAUGUUAAAUUGAAUGUGGAUUUGGACUCGAAUGAGGGUACAUUACAGAAUAUAAAUUUCAUGACUGAGCCGUGUAUUAUACACGGCAACGGACCAAGUAAGGUGGAGUUGAAUGCGUUUGCCAAUUAUUUGGCUAAAACAUUUAGCGGCGCGUGUUUGAUAUGCCAGGAGGAUCGCUUGGAAUUGGAUGAAAAGAAUUUGCCCGUUAUUACCGUUGCGCUCAUUAUCACCGAAUCAGUGCCAUUCUUCGAUGUCUAUCUGCAGAAAAUCGAAAAACUCAACUAUCCAAAGGAUAAAAUGCAUUUAUAUAUUUAUAGUAAUCAAAAAUUCCACGAUGAAAUGGCAAGAUCCUUCCUUAAACGUCUGGAAAAGGAAUAUCGCAGCGCUAAAAUUGUACUAUCAGCUGAUGAGCUUAAUGAACAACGCGGACGUGAAUUGGCGCUCCAACAAGCCAUACAAAAACAGUCUGAUUACAUAUUCUCUGUGGACGCCGCUGUGCAAAUUGAUGACCCAGAAUUGCUGCGCGAAUUGCUAAUAAGGAAUAGACAAUUCGUGGCGCCCGUGGUAAGCAAAUACGAUGAGCUAUGGAGUAAUUUCUGGGGUGCGCUCUCCGAUGGCGGCUAUUAUGCACGCUCACAUGAUUAUGUCGAUAUUGUCAAGUCUUCGUUUACCGGCAUGUGGAAUGUCCCGUACGUGUCCAGUAUUUAUCUGAUCAGGCAGAGUGCAUUCAAACAUAUCUCGUAUCAGCAUCGUGAUUAUGACCCCGAUAUGGCAUUGUGCGAAUCAUUACGGAGAGCUGGUGUCUUCAUGUAUAUUACCAACGAACACAUCUACGGCCAUUUGGUGAACACCGAGAACUUCGAUACAACACUAACACGUCCAGAUUUCUAUACAAUAUUUACGAACAAAUACGACUGGGUACGAAAAUACAUACAUCCAAACUAUUUCCCGCAGCUAGAAGCGAAUACAACAAUUGAACAGCCAUGUCCUGAUGUUUUCUGGUUUCAAGUGGCCACCGAUGCUUUCUGUGAUGAUAUGGUUGCAAUUAUGGAAAACUUUGGAAAAUGGUCUGAUGGCAGUAACAAAGAUGCACGUCUCGAAGGCGGCUAUGAGGCGGUGCCCACACGUGAUAUACACAUGAAACAAGUGGGUUUGGAACCAUUGUGGUUGAAGUUCCUGGAUUAUAUUAUAAGACCGCUGCAGGAGAAAGUCUUUUUGGGCUACUAUCAUAAUCCACCACGUUCGCUCAUGAAUUUCGUUGUGCGUUAUCGCCCCGAUGAGCAGCCCUCGUUGCGCCCACACCACGACUCCUCGACCUACACGAUUAAUAUUGCUUUGAAUCAGGUGGAUAAGGAUUAUGAAGGCGGUGGUUGCCGUUUCAUACGCUACAACUGUUCGGUGAAUAAGACCCGUAAGGGUUGGAUCUUUAUGCAUCCCGGACGUUUGACACACUAUCACGAAGGCUUGCCAGUGACCAAUGGUACACGGUACAUUAUGAUUUCAUUCGUUGAUCCGUAAGCACAUGAGGUGGUGUAAGCUGUAGUUGGCGCUGUUGGUUAAGAUUUGGAGCUCUAUAGCGCUGCAGCCAUUUAGAAUUUAAGCUAAAACUGCCAUUGGCAUGUCCAAAGAUUAUCUUUAGUCGUUUUUUAGUUGCUUUCGUUAAAAAAUAUACCUAUAUACGUGUAUGCACAUGUAUAUGUAUGAAAUGUAACAUGCAAUCUCAAAAAGCUUUCUAUGUUAUCGAAUUGAAAUAUAAGAGACUACUUAAACCUACCUAAACAGAACCAAACAUGAACAAAGUGAGAAUCUAUUGUAAUAAAUAUGUAUAGAAGUCAUGUAUGUACAUAAGUAAACACACAAGAUUAUUUACAUUCUUACAUAUAUCACAUUUAAUUGAACAACUGUGCAAAUCUUGUUGAUAUUUUUUACUGAAUACUCAUCAAUAUUAAUUUUAAUCAAACUGUUUAAACCACUGAUUCAUAUAAAAACAAAUGAAGCUGCAAUUAAACAAUUUUUGCCAAAAAAUGCAAAUGAUUUGACGCAGUGAAAAUACUUAUACUCAUAAUUUAUUUAUGUAUGUAUACAUAGAUGCAUGUAAAUGAAAUGAUUGAUUAAUAAGCAAUAAAGUUAUACAAAAAUAUUGUACAU